AUGGCUGUUGAUAGCGACGAUGCUUUGGAGAUCGCUUCCGACGAAGAAAUCGAAGAAAUAACUUCUGGUUCUAGCAGUGAUGCAGGCGAAGAAGCUUAUUGGUUGGAUUCGACAGAAGGUUCUGAUGUUUCCAGUGAGUCUUGCGAGCUCCUCGAUUUCAAUCAACCAUCACCCAGAAUACACAAGCUGGAAGCUGUAUCUCCUGUGGAGCAUAGCGAGUUGCUCCAAAACUGUUUGGACUAUUGCAGCCACACUUGGCCAUCGCCUGAAGGUCACGAGUCCUUGUUGCACAGCAUGCUUGGUUUGAACAGCGGCUAUUCAGCACCACGUGGUUUUGUGCCUGGCAGCCUGAAGAACCCUGCUGACUUGUCAUCACUUCCAUUCUCGGAUGGGUCGGACCCAGAGAGCACAAAAGAUACUGGCGCCUCGUGUCUUGAUGUGAAUUCCACAUCGACUCCUGGCCAGCUGGGUUUGAGACCAUCGGCUUUGAACCCGCAGCUUACUUCCAAACAUGCCAAGAAGGCGCACAUGCAAAGGCUGGUUCAUCAGGAAAUAGAGCGAAAACGGCUGGAGGAGUCCAGCUCUUGGCCUGGUGGCGGCGGCAAUGGCGGCAGGCGUCGACAAGCCGAAGCGCUGCUUCCUCUCUUGGAAGAUUUAGGAUACACCUUGGACGAUGUUGAGGCCUUGCUGGAGAGUUGCAGCGACGACGCGCACAAAGUCCAGUUGGAAGUCGAUGCUCUUCUGGAGUCAUCCAAGAACAAAACCCAGUCCUGGCUCAUCAGUGUUCCCAGGAGGCGUCAGAAGGAAUCGGGUCUCAGAGAGCUGCGGAAGCAAGAGCUGGGCGUCUUGAAAUCCAAGUUUGGCACGGUGAUGCGUGAAUUGGAAGAUCGCGGGGAGGAUCGCAUUCCGGAGCAAGUGCCGCAAUCAGCGCGACAGCAAGUCUGGAGUGAUUUGACAGGGGAUUGUCGCGAAGAGCGGCCGGAGACUGUGACAGCAGCUGCCAAGAUGGACGGGAUGCCUGAAGUGUCAAGCAUCAAGCACAUGAGCCGCGGAGAUUGCAGAAAACUGCUCAGGCAGUUGAAAUCUCUGGUGCAUGCUCCAGCUGUGCUGUACAAGGCUCUCGCAGCACGCGCAAUGGACGAGUAUGCCAGGGUGAAGCCGAGCACUUUUCAGGAUUGCCGACAAGUCACGUUCUGGCAGUUUGCAGGGUCUGAAAGAUCUGGAUGCGGUCCUGACUGCUAUGCUGGAAAGCAGUUCUUCGACUUUUUGAACGAUUCCGAGGACAAGGCCAGUUUUCGGGCAAGGCUGCCGGAAAUACACCCCAUGGCGGCUGUGUACAUGUUGCAGACAAUGAUGGAGUCGAAUAAUGUUGUCAACUUUAUCUUUCAGGAGGUUGCUCGGUACGUGGCCGAGAGGAUCACUAGCUUGGACAGAGAUGGACUUGGAAGAUUAGUCUACGUUUUUGCCAAGGCCGGCAUCAAGAACCCGGGGCUUUUCAGCGUUGUCAAGCAGGAGUGCAUUCGACGUUCCAAGCUCAAGGAAGGAAAUCUCAGCCUCUCUCCUAAAGUUAUCACUGACGUCGUAGUGGCUUUUGCAACUGCCAAGAUUCUUGAUGACGACCUUUUUGAGGUGCUGAUGUUGCGGGCAGUGUCGCUCAUGGACUGCCCCUUGCGACAGGAGCUAGUUCCCGAUGUUUGCGCUCCUGUCACAAGCAGCUCCGGGAACAAACUGCCAGCAGUUGCCUUCGCCUUGCAGGACCUGGUGCUCGUUUGCAAAGCCUUCGUGGAUUUGCACAAGGUCGACCGCGAGUUCUUCGAGGACGUUGCCAACUAUGCUUGCCGCGCCUUCACGAGCCCAGAUGUCACACUAUCCGAGUGGUUUGUGGGGAAUCCCAAUGUGACCCUACCGCAGAUCGCAUCCAUCUUUGCAAAGGCUGAAGUUCUUCAGUUGGAUUCGUUGGAUUUCUUUGCGCAUCUGAAAACGAUGAUGAUGCGUCGAAAGGAUGACCUGCGCCCACACAGCCUGAAGAAGUUCCAGCAUGCCUGGCACAGGCACAAGAGCCGGCAGGAGAAGCAGGAGCGCCAGAGGAGCCAACCGCCUCAGAGGCGACGUGGAGCCAUGGGUCGUGCCUACGUCGAAGACAAGCCCGCUGUCCAGCACCAGUCCCGAACAGAAAAGGCGCGGCAACAAAGGCAGCGGCUUGCCGCCAUGACGGAGGAAGAGGUCCUCCAAGAGAUCGAGGAAGAAGAGAAACACGCCGGCACAAGUGCUUCGGCUAAACUGCUGCUCAGCGGCUUCAAAGUCGAAGCACUUUUGGAAGCUCAAGAGGGGCCGAAGGAGGGGAAGAAGACGAAAAGUGAGAUCAUGGAAGCGUCAACUUCGAUUAGCAUUCGUUCCAUGGUCAAGGGAAAGAAGGCACGCAACGAAGAAGUUAGUGCAUCAGCCAAAGCAGAGGCACGCAAACAUGCGAGGGGACGCAGAUGA